AUGUCUACUGUCAAUUGUUUAAUAGUUGUUGUUGUCAAGAAACAAUGGUCUUUAUUCCAAUUGGAUGUCAACAAUGCCUUUCUUCAUGGUGACCUUGAUGCAGAGGUCUACAUGAAAAUUCCUCUUGGCCUUUCAGUUUCUAGUGUGUUUGGUUCCACUUUUGCCCCUUUAGCUUGUAAAGUACAGAAAUCUCUCUAUGGAUUGCGCCAAGUUUCUAAGCAAUGGUAUGCCAAGUUGUCCCAAGCUCUAUGCACAAGAGGGCAUACUCACUCCAUUAAUAAUUACUCCUUAUUUGUUAAAGGUAUGACUGUCAAUUUGGUAAUAUUGGCUAUUUAUGCGGAUGACAUAAUCCUCACUGGGGAUGACAUACAUGAAAUUGCUGCUCUUAAACUGUUUUUGGAUGCUGAAUUUAAGAUUAAGGACCUAGGACCUUUGCACUAUUUUCUGGGAAUUGAAAUUAGCUACUUUCCUGGUUCUGGAGAUUUACUUCCUAAUGCAGCAGAUUUCAGAAGUUUAAUUGGUAAAUUGCUAUUUCUUACUCACACAAGACCAGAUUUGUGUUUUUCAGUGCAACACCUUAGUCAAUUUAAUCAAUCUCCUCGUGUGGCUCACAUGACAGCUGCUCUACAUGUCUUAAGAUACCUAAAGGGGACUGUUGACCUUGGCUUGUUCUACUCCUCAGUUUCUGAUUUUUCUUUGACUGCUUACUCUGAUAGUGACAGGACUGCCUGUGCAGAUACACGAAAAUCCGUGACUGGUUUCUGUAUUUUCUUGGGUGAUAGUUUAAUUGGGUUGAAGUCUAAGAAACAACCUAUUGUUUCUUUGUCUUCUGCUGAGGCAGAGUAUCGUGCAUUGAUCAAAGUGGUUGCUGAAUUAACAUGGUUAACUCGCUUACUUACUGAUAUUUGUGUGCCUGCUUCUCUUCCUGUUUUUGUGUUUUGUGACAGCAAGGCAGCCAUCCAUAUCGCCAAGAAUCCAGUUUUUCAUGAGCAUACUAAGCACAUAGAGGUGGAUUUCCAUUUCAUUUGGAUAAAGCUCUUAGAGGGGUUGAUUUCUCUAUCCCACAUUUCCACUGCCAAGCAGCCUGCUGAUAUUCUGACUAAGCCUUAG